UGAGCAUUACAAGUGGAACGUAAUAUUAAGUUUGUCCUUGGUUGUUGUUGUUUUAAAUUUCUCCGGCAGCUAUGAACCUCUUCGUUGUCGUUUCGGCUGUCAUCUUCCUCCUUAUCUCCGUCGCGUAUCUUCCUCUGCUCACUGACUUAUCUCUCAAGUCUCUUCUUACACCACCGGUGGCGGAUUUGUUGGUGAGAAAUGGAACAAUAUUCACCAGCGAUAGCUCUUUGCCAUUUGCUGAUUCCAUGGCGAUUUGUAAUGGCAGGAUUCUCAAAGUCGGAAGCUUUUCAACUCUCAAGGGUUUGAUAGGAGAUGGAACUAUUGAGGUGAAUUUGGAAGGGAAAGUUGUACUGCCUGGACUUAUUGAUUCACAUGUUCAUUUCAUUUCUGGGGGAUUACAGAUGGCCCAAGUUGAACUUGGCGGAGUGAGUCAUAAAGAUGAGUUUUGUAAACUGGUGAAGGACGCGGUGCAGAAUGCAAAGGAAGGCUCAUGGAUUCUAGGUGGUGGAUGGAACAAUGAUGUUUGGGGGGGAGAAAUGCCCUCUGCAUCAUGGAUUGAUGAAAUUUCCCCUCAUAAUCCUGUUUGGUUGAUUAGGUUGGAUAUUCAUAUGGCAUUGGCAAAUUCCCUUGCGCUUAGGAUGGCUGGUGUUACAAGUUUAACGGAAGAUCCAGUUGGUGGAACCAUAAUGAGGAUGCCUAGUGGCGAGCCGACAGGUCUUUUGAUAGAUGCUGCUAUGGAGCUUAUCACUCCCUGGGUUAAAGAAAUCACGGUAGAUGAACGUAGGGAAGCACUUCUUAGAGCUAGCAAAUAUGCUUUGACUAGAGGCAUAACAACCGUUAUUGAUCUUGGAAGAUACCUUCCUGGCACUACGGAUGAGCUCUCCUGGAAAGACUUUCGAGAUGUCUAUCUAUGGGCUGAUUCCUCGAAGAAGAUGAUGAUACGGGCUUGCUUGUUUUUCCCGAUAACGACAUGGUCACGUUUAGUGGAUCUUAAGCUUCAGAUGGGAUCUGUACUGAGUGAAUGGCUGUAUCUAGGUGGCGUCAAAGCAUUUAUUGAUGGCUCUCUAGGUUCUAAGAGUGCACUUUUUUACGAGGAAUAUAUUGAUGCACCUGGGGAUUAUGGGUUAUUAGUGAUGGAUCCUGAGAAACUUUCUAACUUCACAAUGGCAGCUGACAAAGCAGGGCUUCAGGUUGCUAUCCAUGCAAUAGGCGACAAAGCAAAUGACAUGGUCCUUGACAUGUACGAAUUCGUUGCUGCAACUAAUGGAGACCGAGAUAGAAGAUUUAGGAUUGAGCAUGCCCAACAUUUGACACCAGGAUCAGCCAACCGGUUUGGUCAACUUCACAUUGUAGCUUCAGUUCAGCCGGAUCAUAUUCUUCAUGAUGCUUAUUCUGUUGUUAAGAAGCUCGGUUCUGAGAGAGCGCAAAGGGAUUCUUAUCUAUUCCAAUCUCUCUUAAAUGGCAAUGCACUCUUGGCAUUUGGUUCAUACAAAGCUGCGGAACUUUACCCGUUGCAGAGUAUCAGAACCGCGGUGAAACGAAUAACUCCCAAGUGGAGUCACGCUUGGAUUCCAUCUGAAUGCAUCUCUUUUACCGAUGCGCUUGCUGCGCUCACGAUAUCAGCUGCACGAGCAGCGUUUCUAGAUCAUCACAUAGGGUCUUUAACUCCUGGGAAGCUUGCGGAUUUUGCUGUACUGUCAACAAGUUCAUGGGAUGAGUUCUCCAAAGACGGCUCUGCUUCAGUGUUUGCAACUUACGUAGGAGGAAAACAAUUGUACCCAUGAAUGGUGAAGAAAUUGUAUUAUUUCUUAGUUUUUUUUCUAAGCGUCGUGGAAAUGUAUAUUGGUAAUUACAUUUGGUUUCAUAUAUUCAAGAAAUCUUACAAACGUUAGGAAAAAAAAAUGUUGUAAAGCCAAUGGGAUGUGUAUAGUAGCUGUAAUAUAUCUACGUGGCUCUCUGGUUCCAGCCGUCAUCGGGGUUUGGUUGAACCAAAUUGGUUCCCGUGAG